UAACAACAGCUGGGUUCGCAUUGAAAGCAUUUUCUAACCACUUCUGCCCUUAAUUUGAAGCAAAUCCUUAGACACAGAGAGAGAGAGAGAGAGAGAGAGAGAGAGAGAGAGAGAGAGAGAGAGAGAGAGUAUUGUGUGGCUGGCAUGGCCGCCACCACCACCCAUUCUUGCCCAUUUCCUCCUUCCCCACACUAGUCCACUCUCACUCAUCUUCAUCCCCUACUUCAACUUUGUCAUUUUCAUCAAGCCACCCCAUGGCAAACGAUGCCGUUUUCAGGGCCUCUCUGGUUUGGUUGGCUGCAGUUAUAGUGGUAGUUGGAGUAUGCACACAGUCUUUCAAGAAGAUGAUGUACACUUACGUGGUUGGUGUGCUGGGUAUUUCUGGGUUGCUCUUGCCCGAUUGGGGUUACUUUGACCGAGACUUUUCGCGGUGGACGUCUCCGGUUUCAGCCGAGGAAAGAGCCUCUGAAGUUGCUCAAAGAUCUGGGUUAAUUAGAAGAUUUAGAAAAAAUCCUAUGAGAUUGGUUGCUUAUGCCACAGUUUAUGGGUUUGCUCUACACAAGUGGUGGAUGUUCAUAUCAAGCUAAUAUCAAGCCAGAGAAGAUCAAUGGUGUUGGGGUACUUUCUAGUUUAUCGGUAUGAUUGAGUAGAGAGUGUGAAGAAAGGAAGAAGAGGUGACCGGACAGUAAUUAUACGCACAACAAGCACAAAUGUUAUUGUCCUAAGUUUUCAAGUUCUUAUAUGUUAUUUUCUGUAAUCAUUCAUCAAUUAAUUGUUGUUCAGAAAACCAAAAUUUAAAUAUGUUAUAUAUAUAUAUAUAUA